AUGGUGGUGUUGUCAUUUUCUUUGGAGAAUGGUCAGUCAGCUGAGUCACCCGACGAAGAAUGCCUACCGUUUAAAGCACUGCAUGCAUUGAGCUUCAACUCACGGCUUCGGCUAUACACUGAACCAGACUCCCUACAUUCCUUCUGGAAUGACCUCAAGAAUUCAUACAAGCGUGCUGACCUACAACCAGCACUUCUCCUGGGAAUCACCCUAUCGCAAAUGUCCCAUGGACCUUUCACCAGUGGGCCCAACCAAUAUACCCGUGUUCAGACAGCCGAGCUCCUCUCAGAGAUCCUCACUGAAGAUGAGUUUCAAGCCUUACGAGAGGCUAUGCUGCGAGACAGAGGGGGGCGAGAGGACUAUGUAAACCACAUCCCUGAGCAAAAGGAAGACCUGCCAAGUCUGGCCGCUCCCAAGGCCAAGUACAAAAGCUGGUUUCAAUCCAUUGUCGCAAUGUAUGUUCUGGCGCUUGACUGGUCAUUGAACCAACUGAUCAUUGGCAAGGCCGUUGACAUGACGAAGACCAAAAAAGCAUCCAAAGGCAGAGAGGCAUCUGCAAGUGCCGCCGCAGAGCUUGACGAGAUCAGACGCAACUAUUCCAACAAACUGGAAAUGGCAUGCCACUACUACCAAGAUCCGCUGUUGCCCCUUGAGUUCAAGGCAAUGUACUGGGCAUCCAGCGCGGUUAUGCGAGAAUACCAGAGCACACUGGAGGAAUCCACACUUCGAUGGAGAGCAGCUCGUUCAAAGGGCCAAACGUGGUUCCCGACCGUCAUCCAGACUAUGUGUUCCAUCAAUGAUGCAGAGACUAUGAAAAAGCUGCACAUCUCGUUAGAGCGUGGGCAACACUACGAGGUGGAUACCACUGAAAUUGAACUACUCAACAAGUACGCAGUGCUGGCCAUUGAGAUUUGCUCUGCGAGAUGCUGGUCACAGAGUCAAUAUACAAUUGUGUUGCCUAAUGUCUUCUCUUUGGUCCACCACGAGACGCCGCAAGAGCGUCAAAGGGGCAUCCGCCUUGUGAAAAAGAUCUGGGACGCUGUGCUGAAAGCAGAGGAGUUUGUGUACGGUGAUGGCAUGAUGGCAGCGGAUACCAAGGAUGCCCUUAAACAGAUCCUGAAAGACAUGGCAUGGAACAACACUCAAGUGACCCGGGAACUAUACUUGGUUUGCAACCAGGCAGCGUGGCAAGCUGAUCACGCAGAAGACGAACUCAAGUGGACCAGGUUGGAGCCCACUGCCAAUGAUUUCACCCGUUGUGUGGGACAAACUCGGUUCUCUGUAGAUGAGAAAAAGCGCGGAAAGACCUUUGACAUCCCCAAAGCUUUUGCUCUACCUGCAUGCUUGAGAUACAAGCCUUCCAAUCUGAAGGUGGUUGACAGAUCAGCAGGGACGGCCGCCAACCACCGCAGCGCAGCUGCGACUGCCUGGAUCAUCUCAAACGCUGUGAGUGACUUCAGACAUGCUGCUGAUGCAUGGACAGGUUGUCUCCUCCUCAAGCGGAAGAUCUACCAGAAUGAAAAGGGGAAGGCCUAUCUUUGCCUGGGUUUUCGUUCCUAUGAGUACAUCGUCACAAAAAAAGAGCUUGCUACUGGUAGCCUACCACGCUGGAUGAUGAACGCUGAGAUUACUGGAGAGGGUAAGUGGCAAAUGCUUCCAACUGAGCUUCGCUUGCCUUGCCAAAUCCCUGAUGCAUUGAGCUCUUUUGGUAGCGUGUGGGAGGUGGUUGGCCCACCCCAACCACUUUUGAAGAGCGCUGUGAAAGCGGGGGUUUGCAUGACUGCUGCAGACCUCCAGAAGAUUCAAAAGAUUCUCAAGUAUCCCCUCCCCCCAAGGGGCAAGGGAUCCGGCAAGUCAGGGAAUUUGGUGAAGCAGGACUUUGCAGAGGCUCUCGUAAAUAUGCUAUGGCCAGAAGAUACCCCCGAGGAAAAGAAGAGGAUGGUGGAUGCCCUUAUGGGAAAAACACUGCCUCGUGUGAAAUGUGCGAGUGAUGUGAUAGCAGCGGUCAAAGAGCUUGGUGCCGAGGCAGAAAGAGACUUUAGGGAACUUCACCAAGUUGCACUCAAUCAAGAGGCAGUUGAGAAAGAGCGGCGGCUUAGGGGCCCGAAUGUACAGGAACGCCAGGACCAAAAGACUUUCACCCCCCAUUCGCUGAGAAAGUUGCUGCCUCCUGGACAGGGACGCGUGAAAGGUUUCCUGGACACUCAUGCAGCAACCUGGGAUGGACCCGUCAGAAAGCUCACAGAAACUCAGGCGUUGAAAGAGUGUGUCCUAGACUUCGCAUGGGCUAAGCACCUGCCUACAGAAGAAAUGAUUGCUGCUGUCGUCAGCAACUUCGAUGCCAACACGGGUAUGCUAGAUGCGGACACUGGUAUGGAAGAGGUGGCCUCGUCGUCAGCAGCGGCUUUGCCAAAGGCUAAAGGCCGUGGCCGUGGCCGUAGCAAAGCUAUGCCAAAGGCCAGCAAAGCUGCACCAAAGGCCAAAACGGGCAGAUCACGGGGUGGACGCCAUUAA